CGUAAUUUUGCGUCUCAUCGGAUUCGCCCUCUUUAAUUACGUCUCCUCCGGCUUUCCGUAGCAGCUGGAUUUGAUUGUUUGGGCUAACAAGUUCGGAACCAACCAAACAGGAAUCUUUUAAGCUGUCGGGUUCUUUCCCGGGUUGAGGUUUUGGGUUUUCCCGGGUCUCGAGACCCCCUCCCCCCGCUCCGGUUCGCUGUCAGUUGGUUAUUUUUUGACCUUUGCCCCCCGCGUGCAGGCGCGCGACUCUUGCUGUUAGCUUGGAGGCUAAGCAGCCGCCACACCGCCGCGCGCGCCUCUGACGCGGGUCACCAGUGCGGACCGGGACCGGGAUGAGCCAUGGCCUCGGUUCGGGUGGCCGUGCGGGUCAGACCCAUGAACAGGCGGGAGAUGGACCUGAGCUCCAGAAGCAUCAUCAGGAUGGAAGGAAGCAAAACGUCCAUCAUCAACCUGAAGAUCACUGACGGCCUGGCGGGAGAACCCGCGAGGGAGAACAUCAGAACCUUCACCUACGACUUCUCCUACGACUCCUCGGACUGUCAGAGCUCCGCCUUCGUUUCUCAGGAGAAGGUGUUCGUGGAUCUGGGUUCUGACGUUCUGAAGGCGGCCUUUGAGGGCUACAACGCUUGUGUGUUUGCUUACGGUCAGACGGGUUCAGGGAAGUCCUUCACCAUGAUGGGCGCUCCGGGAGAUGCGGGUUUGAUUCCACGGAUCUGCGAGGGUUUGUUCUCCAGGAUCUCAGACUCGUCUCGAUGUGAUGAAGCUUCGUUCCGGACAGAAGUCAGCUACCUGGAGAUUUACAACGAGCGAGUCAGAGACCUGCUGAGGAGAAAGUCCACCCAGACCUACAACCUGCGAGUGCGCGAGCAUCCCAAAGACGGGCCGUACGUGGAAGACCUGUCCAAACACCUGGUCCAGAACUACAGUGAUGUUGAGGAGUUGAUGGAGGCGGGAAACAUCAACCGCACCACCGCCAGUACCGGCAUGAACGACGUCAGCAGCCGGUCGCACGCCAUCUUCACAAUCAACUUCACGCAGGCCAAGUUUGACGCCGAGAUGCCGAGUGAGACGGUCAGUAAGAUCCACCUGGUGGACCUGGCGGGCAGCGAGCGCGCCGACGCCACCGGAGCCACCGGCGUGCGUCUGAAGGAGGGGGGGAACAUCAACAAGUCUCUGGUGACGCUGGGGAACGUCAUCUCCGCUCUUGCCGACAUGGCGCAGGACGCCGCCAACACCAACCUGAAGAAGAAGUCGGUCUUCGUUCCCUACAGGGACUCGGUGCUGACGUGGCUGCUGAAGGACAGCCUGGGCGGGAACUCCAAGACCAUCAUGAUCGCCACCAUUUCCCCCGCCGACGUAAACUACGGCGAGACGCUCAGCACCCUGCGCUACGCCAACCGAGCCAAGAACAUCAUCAACAAACCCACAGUCAACGAGGACGCCAACGUCAGGCUGAUCCGGGAACUGCAGGCCGAGAUCGCUCGACUGAAAGCUCUGCUGGUUCAGGGCAACCAGAUCGCUCUGCUGGACUCUCCCACCGCUCUGAGCAUGGAGGAGAAGCUGCACCAGAACGAAGCCAGAGUUCUGGAGCUGACCAAGGAGUGGACCAACAAGUGGAAUGAGACCCAGAACAUCCUGAAGGAGGAGACGCUGGCACUGAGGAAGGAGGGCAUCGGCGUGGUUCUGGACUCAGAGCUGCCCCACCUGAUCGGCAUCGAUGACGACCUCCUGAGCACCGGCAUCAUCCUGUACCACCUGAAGGAGGGGCGGACGUUCGUGGGCCGGGAGGACGCGUCCACGGAGCAGGACAUCGUUCUACACGGUCUGGACCUGGAGAGCGAACACUGCGUCUUUGAGAACCAAAGCGGAACGGUGGUUCUGGUUCCGCUCGGGGGAGCUCAGUGUUCGGUUAAUGGAGUCCAAGUGACGGAACCGGUUCAGCUCAACCAAGGAGCGGUUAUUUUGCUCGGCAGGACCAACAUGUUUCGCUUCAACCACCCGAAGGAGGCGGCCAAACUGAGGGAGAAGCGUAAGAGCGGCCUGCUCUCCUCGCUCAGCCUGUCCAUGACGGAUCUGUCCAGGUCCUGUGAGAACCUGUCCACGGUGAUGCUCUACAACCCGGGUCUCUUCGGUGCGAAGGCCCCCGUCUUCCUCAGGUUGGAGUUUGAGCGACAGCAGAGGGAGGAGCUGGAGAAGCUGGAGGUGAAACGGAGGCUCAUAAAUGAGAUGGAGGCCAAGCAGCAGAGUGAGAAGGCGGAGCUGGAGCGCCUCCAGCAGGAGGUGGAGAGUCAGCGCAAGGAGUCGGAGAAGGUCCAGCAGCGCAUCCUCCGGCAGGAGGAGAGCCUCCGCCACCGCAGCCAGGACAUCGAGAGCCGCCUGCAGGACUUCCUCGCCAAGAAGGAGCGCUUCGAGGAGGAGAAGCGCUCAGAGAUUUGGAGCAGCAGGAAGCUGCAGCAGGAGGACGAGUCUGAGGAGGAGCAGGAGAGGAGGCGCCAGCGCGAGGCCGCGGAGCAGAGGGACAUCUACAGAGAGCUGGAGAGGCUGAAUAAGGAGCGAGAGGAGCAGAGGCUCCGCCUCCACAUGGAGCGGCGCCGUUUGGAGGAGCAGGAGCGGGAGCAGCUGAGCCUGGUGGGGAAGCUGGAGGAGCAGCUGAGGGAGAAGCAGGAGGCGGCCUCCACGCUGCUGACGCGGGAGGAUGCUCAGCUCCUGGAGGAGGAGCAGCGCACGCUGGCCGACAUCCGAGAAGCUCUGCUCCGAGCCAAGGAGGCGGCGGAGCGCACGGAGGACGCCGGCGAGGAGGCCAGGGCCGCCCAGACGCGCUACCGGGCCUUCAAGGAGGCGCAGAUGAAGGAGCUGACCCAGAAGGAGGAGGGGCUCCAGCAGCAGAAGGAGCGCCUGGAGCAGGAGGUGGCUGCUGAGCGCACCUCCCUGCUGAUGCUCUCCCAGAGCCUGAAGGAGCGACAGGACGCCUCCCCCGUCUGCCAGGAGGAGCAGCUCCUCAGGCAGGGCGAGCAGCGCCUCCACUUCAAGGAACGGCAGCUGGCCGACCUGGAGGAGAGCCUCCUCCCUGCUCUGGUGGAGGAGAAGCUGAGAGCCAUGGAGGUGCUGCAGAGGAGCAGCGAUAACCACCGAAGUUCUCCUGGUCUGGACAACACGCUGUACCAGGUGGAGAAGGAGCUGGAGGACAAGGAGGAGCGCCUGCACCUCCACUGGAGCAGCGCCCAGCAGCUGCAGCAGCUGCAGGAGACCUACGAGUUCACCACCAACGUGGCGCGGCAGGAGGAGAAGGUCCGGAGGAAGGAGAAGGAGAUCCUGGAGUCCAGGGAGAAACAGCAGCGGGAGGCCAUGGAGCAGGCGGUGAGCCGGCUGGAGAGGAGGCACUCGGCUCUGAGGCGUAGCCUGUCGCUGGAGCCGGACCCUGAGGAGCCGAGGAGCUCCACGGCGGAGGAGGUGGACCAGCAGAGAGUGGAGCAGGAGAUCCAAAAGCUGCGGCAGAGGAUCAGCGAGGGCGACGCCCACGGCCGAACUCCUGAGGAGAAGACGGGCGGCUCGCCGGUCAGCCACAUGCAGAGCCUGAACUCGCUGCUGCCCCUGUCGGACGACAGGAUCAACGCCUACAUCGAGGAGGAGGUGCAGCGGCGGCUGAGGAGGCUGAACCUCCUGAAGGGCAGCAGAGAGGGCCCCCCCUCCCCAGAGUCUCUGAAUGAGGAGCAGCAGGAGGAGCAGCAGGAGGAGCAGCAGGAGGUUAGCCUCCGUAGCUCCGUUAGAUCCCAGCUGAAGAGGGAUGAGAAGCUGCAGAGCCCGAACUCCUGGAGGCUGAAAUCUGAGACAGCCCAUCAGACCUCCUGCCGGGCCUCCUGCCGGGCCUUCUCCCGGGCCUCCUGCCGGGCCUCCUGCCGGGCCUCCUCCCGGGCCUCCUGCCGGGCCUCCUCCCGGGCCUCCUGCCGGGCCUCCUGCCGGGCCUCCUGCCGGGCCUCCUCCCGGGCCUCCUGCCGGGGCUCCUCCCGGGCCUCCUGCCUGACUCCCCAGCGGUUGCAAACCAGCUGUUCUCCUGAAGUCCAGGAAAACAUGUUGGUACAACCGGACCGUGGAGAACCCGCCGCUGAGGCAGGAAGUCUGCGGGGGGGGGAGGUUCCUCCAGGAAACAUGGAGACCAACAGACCUGAUGGGAGUGGAGAAGGGUGGAGAAGGUCUGCCUCUUGUGAGGAGGAGGAGCUUCUGAAGGGAACCUCCUCUUGCUCUAUGGAAACACUGGAGACCCGGAGGAACGAGGCACGGGAGGCGGAGUCGGAGUUCUUGGGUCCUGAUGGCGUCUCCUCGGAGCAGGAGGUGAACCUUCAGACCAAACCGGAGAAAGAAGCAAAGAACUUCCUGAACCUGAGGAGCUCCGUUUGGACGUCCAGUAGCGAGCAAGAACCGCGCAGAGACCUGCCCGAGCUCCGGUCCAACCCGGACUCCGGACCAGGUUCCGGUCCAGGUCCGGGUUCCGGUUCCGGCGAACACAGAGGUGAAGAGGACGAGCCACCGACCUUCAGCAGCUUUGUUUGGGAAUCCUUCUCCAGAGUCAGGAGCCGGUUCCUGUGGGGCGGAGCCGAAUCUGGACCCACCGAUCCGCCUCUGACCUCCGUCCUCCGUGUUCCAGGCAAACAGGAAGUGGACGCUGCAGAGGCGGCGCCGCGCAGCAGCGACUGCGUGGAUUCGUUCUCUGGGCGACUGUCUUUGGCGUGCAGACACGCCGGCAGACGCCUGGAGGACGCACGCCGCGGGAUCCUGGGCCUCGCCCAGAUGAAGGCCGCCGUCACACAGUACCUGACCCGGGGGCACCCGCCCCGCCACGUCGCAGCAGAGCGGGGGGGCAGCGGCAGGGCCCCCGUGGUGGUGGGCUGGCCCGAGGGCGCGGCCUCAUCCGUCUGGAACACGCCCCCUCAGGUGUUCUCCCAGGAGCUGGUCCAGUUUCCUGCGGCGCUGCGGCGGAUCCAGACGCUCCCUCAGCAGCGCCUCCUGGAGGAGUUGGACUCCCUCACCCCUCCUCUGACAGUCGGGAGGCUCCUGAAUGUGUUUUGGCUGCAGGUGGCCAACGCCGCACAGCCCCGCCCACAGCCGGCGUGCCUGCUGCUGACGGAACGCCACCUGACGGCGCUGUCAGCCAAUGCCGGCGGCGCCAUGGUCGUUCUGCAUCACCUCCUCCUGCGGGACAUCAAGGAGGUGCAGGUCAGUCUGGGGGGACAACAUGUCCGCCUGUGCGGCGCCGCCCCGGAUGCCGUCCUGGCCGUCUUCACCCACAGCAAAGGUCUGACCCAGGCGCUGUGCGGCGCCGUCCUGAAGGCCCGAGCCCCCGCCCACCUGAGAGAGGCGGAGCCUCACCCGUUACUGUCCGGAGACCUCAUGCUCCUCUCCCUGGACUGGACUUCUCGGGUUCCUGACCUGCUCCUGGGUGACCUCUGCGUGACCUCCAGAUUCAAGCGGGUCCUGGCCGACCUGCUCUACAUCGUCCACGGGAACAUGCGUGGCGCCGUCAGGCCGCCGCUGGCCGACAUCCGUCCUCUGCUGUACACAAGCGUCCGCGUGGACGGCGCCGUCCUCCAGCUCCUCCUCACCGACACGCACGUGUGCCUCCUGCAGGAGGACGGCGUCUUCCAUCCGGCGCUGCGGGGGGCCAGCGUGGUGCUCCCUCAGCCUCAGUUCCAGGAGCUCCGCCUCCUGGAGCGCGAGAGCAUCAGGUGUCUGUUUGUGAGGAGAAGCGACGUCUGCUUUGCUGUAGAAAUGCUUUUUACAAACUCUCAGCUCCGCCCUUCAACGGGGAGGGCGGGGCAGAGGCGGGGCUCGGCAGAAGUGCCCCCCUCCCCCGGUUCUUCUGAGAGCUGGAGCCUCCUCUUCGGCUGCUCCUCUGAAGCUCAGCUGCUCAUCAAUCAUCUGUGUCUCUGAAGCUUCAGCCGGACUCACCUGAGGAGGAGGGACGGGGUCUGGCCCCGCCCCCUCGCUUUUAGGAUCAGCUGCUCACUUUGUUUUUAUUGACAAAAAGUUUUUUUACAGGAUGAACCUGAUUGUAAAUUUUUGUGAGGAACAAUAAAGUUUGAACUUCUGCUUCA